AUGACGCGCAUACCGAGGAAAGCAGACGAUGCCUCAUCCGAGAAUGAGGCAAAACGCCGAAUCAGCACAUCAUCUCUUGCACUCUCCGAGCGACGCCUGGUCAAAUGUUGCCUUCUAUGCGGUCCCAUCACGAUGAUACUCCUCCUGAUUGGAUUUGCUGCCGGCGUUCUCUUUCCUCCUCCGAGUCCAUCCUUCUCCGCAGAAGAGACUGUGCAAUACUAUGCACGACGCCAGACCGGUCUAAAAGUCACCGUCUUGACGCUGGCGCUGGCCGGCAUCACAGUACCUGCCUUUGCAAUCGGGGUUGGAUCUCAACUGGCAAAAAUUCCCACAGUGCAUCGAGCUGUCCUAUCCGUUCAGCUGAUAUCCGGUGCUCUCGCUGGUGCCUCGUCGGCUUUGGUCUCCAUAUUCCUCGCGACAACCAUAUACCGACUCGACCGAGAUCCAACACUGACACAACUGAUGAGCGAUCUAACGUGGACGUGCUUUGCCCUGAACAAAACAUCCCUCAUCCUCCAAGAACUUGCAAUCAUGCUUGGCAUUUUAUCCGAUCGUCGGCCGAGUCCUCUGUACUCGCGCUGGAUUGUAUGGCUUAAUAUCCCGACUACGGUUCUCUUGUUUCUUCAGAUGCUGGCGUAUUUCUUCCACGCCGGGCCGUUUUGCUGGAAUGGCGUCAUUGGGUUCUGGGUGCCUUUGUUUUCCCUGGCUUCUCAGAUUGCAUGGGAUGCAGUCUUCUUCUGGGAAACUGUCGGAGACCGAGGUCAGGGUGUGGUAUGUGAUCAUGCACAUGGUUCGUUCGUUUAG